GACAACGGCAUUUCGUCCGACUGUCAAAUUUGUCAAUCACUUGCAGGGAGAAAAUAGUGCUUUUGUUGAAAAUCUCAAACAUUGAAAAGUUGGAUUAAUAUUUGUAAAUACGUAUGUAAUUAUUUUUUAAAGUCGUUUGAAGAAGAUCUUGCUGAAUUCUUUCUUUGAAAAAAUAAAUAAAAUGGAGCUAUCUGCUGAGGGUAAAACUCCUGAAUAUAUGGCCCUUGCUGGGAUUAAGUUCAAACUCUCACUGCCUGAAUUUAAAGACAAUCUUCAGUUAAAAGAACAGCUUCUACAAGGAAUUAAAGUAGGAAAUAUGGCUCCAUACUACAAAGAAGUUUGCACAGAUCUUGGUUGGCAAUUUGACCAAAAGUUGCAUGAUGAGAUGGCAAAACAGAACGAGGACAGGUUAUCUAAGUUUCAAGAAGAUGACUCAGAGACUCCUGUUUGGCAGGACAGAUUGGACUACUUGUGCUCUAUUGGAGACAAGGAGGGUGCCACAACACUGGCAACCAUAAAGUAUGAGGAUUCAACUCUUACCACAAACAGAAGACUGGAUGCUAUCUUUGCUUUGUUCAGAAUCGCUUACUUCCAUGGUUGUAAUGUAAAGGAAAUGGGCAAGACCAUUAAUAAGGCUCAUGAGUUGGUUGAUAAGGGUGGAGACUGGCGCUCCAGGAACAAAUUGAAGGCAUAUGAAGCUAUUUACUGUCUCGCAAUUCGUGAUUAUAGCAAGGCUGCUGAUCUUUUCAUUGAUUGUGUUUCUACUUUUGAAUCUUAUGAGCUGGUAGAUUUUGGCACCAUUAUUCAAUACUGCGUGUUGGCCUGUGCAUUGGCACUGGAACGUCACGCUUUGCAGGCAGCACUGCGUCGCCAGGGGGCUGCAGUCCAGGCCUUACGCUCCCGCUUCCCCGAGCUCAGAGAGUUGGUGGAGUCACUUCAUGAGUGCCGAUAUGCUGACUUCAUGAAGAGUCUGGCUUGGGUGGAGACGCAGAUCUGCGUGGACCCCGUUUUCCGCCCCCACUACCAGCACUAUGUACGCGAGGCGCGUAUCAAAGCGUACGUGCAACUGUUACGCGCAUACCGCUCCCUUAGUUUGGACAACAUCGCGGACACGUUUGGAGUUACCCGCGAAUUCAUUGAAGAAGAAAUUUCUAACUUCACCGCUGCCGGCCGCCUGCAGUGCCGCAUCGACGCGGUGGCCGGCUGCGUGGUGACGGGCGCGGGGCGCGGCGCCGACGCCGACCGCUCUCAGCUGUACCAGGCGACCAUUCGCGAAGGAGAUCUCCUGCUCAAUCGCGUCAAGAAACUGGCCAGCGUUAUUAACUUCUAGAACAUAUGAUAAACUGGUAACAUUCAUGUGGUUCGUAAAUUAGAUCAGCUUUCUUGAAAUUGUAAUUUGGCUUUGAUUAUUAUUUAAAUCAGGGGGGCUUUUUCACGAACAGUGACAAGUUUGGCAACGUUAGUGAAUACUUACCCACCCACAUUACGGUUUUCUUCAAAUAAACUAUCGAUUAAUAUUUCAUAAGAAAUUAAAUGUAAGAUUUUAAAACCCAAUAAAGCAAUCAAAUAAGACAAGUG